AUGCGUUGUAAUAUUGAGCAAUGUUCUCUCUCUUCUCAGUUUAAGAAAAGUCCCCCUAAAGUCCCUUAUAAAGCGAUCGCCCUGGCAACCGUUCUCUUCCUUAUCGGCUCCAUUCUGAUCAUCAUCGGAUCCCUCCUGUUAGCAGGAUACUUUGAAGUUAAUGAUCACCGUGAUCGCACCAUCCCAGUCCUGGUUAUUGGAAUCCUGGUCUUUCUUCCUGGGUUUUACCACCUGCGCAUCGCCUAUUACGCCUCCAAGGGUUAUCGCGGUUUCUCCUACGAUGACAUCCCUGACUUUGAUGACUGAGUGGCGGGGACGGGCUGUCAGCUGGCUGAUCUGACAGAGCUUUGAACCUGGUUUUCCUGCACCGCCGCUGAUGUCUGCCAUGUCAAAAUGACUUGACAGCCUCAUUUUUUAACAUUUUCAUAGACUCAGAAGGUGAUUGGAGUUCAUGAACUAGUAUGAUGGUUUGUGUAAUGAAUAUCACUUUAUCAUGGAUUUAAUGCCAUUAUUUGUAAUGCAAACAGGUCUCCGAUCAGUUGUUAUAUUAGUGUGCUGUAUUGAGUUACAGGUUGUUGCGUCAAGCAAAGCCUGGGGCAAGAAAAACUACUCAAAACAUGACAUGCUGUUGGAUUGCACUAGGGUUCAAAUCAAAUCUGUCAUUAAUGAUGAGAUUUUUUAUAUUUUUUUGAGGAAACACAUUAACAUUACUGUUUCAAUCCAUUCUUGAAAUAUAAAAAAGUUUUGUUUUUAAAUUUAAAAACAUUUGUGUAUGAUGUGAGUAA